GAGACGACCUGGGAAUGAAUAUUCUAGUAUUAGACUUUGCCAAGUCAAAGUGACUACUUCUCAAAUGUUUAAACUCUUCUCUUCUUUUAUUUCUUACAAGCAUCCACUUGGCUCCUCAACAUAGCAUCCGACAUCCUGGGUUUAAUGAGAUUGUCUCUGGGACAUAUUGAUUCACUGGUGUAAUGCCUUGCUUUAGUGCCUGUUUUGGGAAACAAACAGCUUCCCCUUUAGAGCAAGCAAUCGAUAUCGAGGAAGGUACUUGGCUUUCUGUCAUUGCAGUAUCAAAGGUUUCAAGCAUUCAGAAUAUCAAAAUAUAUCCCUACAAAGAGCUUCAAAUUGCCACUUCUUACUUCAGUGCAGCUAAUAAAAUUGGGGAGGGUGGAUUUGGUUCUGUGUACAAGGGGAAGCUAAAAGAUGGCACAUUAGUAGCUAUAAAGGUACUAUCUGCAGAAUCGAGACAGGGGGUGCGGGAGUUUUUGACAGAGUUAGUUAUAAUUUCAGAUAUAGAGCAUGAAAAUCUUGUUAAGAUUUAUGGAUGUUGCGUGGAAGGAGUACAUAGAAUUCUGGUGUACGGCUACCUUGAGAAUAAUAGCCUUGCUCAAACCCUUCUGGGUGAUGGCCAUUGUGCCAUUGAAUUCAGCUGGAAAAAGCGAAAAGAAAUUUGCAUAGGGAUUGCACGUGGUCUAGCUUACCUUCACGAGGAUAUUCAGCCUCAUAUCGUUCACAGAGAUAUUAAAGCCAGUAAUAUUCUCCUUGAUGAAAAUCUUACUGCCAAGAUAUCUGAUUUUGGUCUUGCAAAGCUUAUCCCUGCCCACCUAACACAUAUUAGCACUCAAGUUGCAGGGACUUUAGGCUAUCUAGCCCCAGAGUAUGCUAUACGAGGCCAGCUGACUAGAAAGGCGGAUGUUUAUAGUCUUGGUAUGCUGCUUUUGGAAAUUGUGUGUGGAAGACGCAACAGAGACAGUCGUUUACCUCCCAAAGAAAAGUUUCUUCUUGAACUGGCAUGGGAAUUAUAUCAGGAACAGGAUAUUGUUGGUUUGGUGGAUGCAUCCUUAAAUGGGAAAUUUAGCUUAAAUGAAGCCAGCAGAUAUAUCAAGAUUGCUUUUCUUUGCACACAAGCUGCUCCAAGGUCUCGGCCAUUAAUGUCAGACGUAGUAAACAUGUUAAAAGGUGAUAUUGAUGUGAGUGAGAUGGAAAUAUCAAAACCAGGCCUACUUUCCGAGCUGUCAAGAACAUAUAAAAGUACCCCAUAUGAAUCAUCCAUUGGCUCGGGGAAACCAGAUGAUGUGUUCUUGUCAAUGAAUGAGAUGUCUUGUGGCACCAUGACUUUCACUUCCAUAGAGGAUGGAAGGGAUUGAGUUGCAACAUAGUGAAGUUUGCAGUUAAUAUAAAAAAUUUUAUUUCAGCUGGCAGAAAAUACCAGGAUACGAUUUGUUCUCCUAAAUAUGAAAUUGCUCCACAAGUUCCUUCUUCAACGCCUCAAUCUCCUCAGUUCAGCGAAAUGACGGUAUGAGCUGAAAAGUUAUACUCAGCAGUGAGGUCAUUGCAUCAUAAGUCCGUUUCGGUUUGUCCUCAAGAUGUCAAGUUAAAGGGCGUAUACUAGUAAGCAACAUUUAAUGUGGAAAAUAGAAGUUCUUUUAUGUACAUACUGUCUACUGUUGUAGUGUUGUUAGCUGAGUGUUACGAUUAUGGAGAAAAUAGGGUAAGUUUGUAAUUAAGGUUUUAAUUAGCUAUUUUACUUUCAAUUCUUCUUGGAAUGGUUUGGUCAGGCAUUUUUUGUGAAUUACCCCAUUCUCCUGUA